AUGGCUACAUCAAAGAAAAAGACAAGGAAGCUAAGAGGUCACGUAUCGCACGGACAUGGACGUGUCGGAAAACAUCGUAAACAUCCAGGUGGUAGAGGUAAUGCUGGUGGACAACAUCAUCAUCGUAUCAAUUUUGACAAAUAUCAUCCAGGCUAUUUUGGAAAGGUUGGUAUGCGAAAUUACCAUCUGAGACGUAACCGGCUAUACUGCCCAACAGUGAACGUUGAUAAGCUGUGGUCACUGAUAUCGGAGAAGGUGCGAAAAACUUAUGCGGAUAGGAAAGAUAAGGCACCGGUAAUCGAUGUUGUCCGAGCUGGUUAUUUCAAAGUUCUUGGCAAAGGCCUUCUGCCGAAGCAGCCUGUUAUAGUCAAAGCAAAAUUUUUCUCACAUUCGGCAGAACAGAAAAUAAAGGCAGUAGGUGGUGCCUGUGUAUUGGUUGCUUAA